AUGGGCAACAUGAUGAAAGAUGGUUCAAAAUUUUUAGCAGAUUUGAAGAAGUGUAUGUUUCAUUAUGAUGAUGAAUCACAAUUUGAAAUUGCAUGGGAUAAACUAAAGAGUGAUCAUCAAGUUGAAGAAAAUUCAUGGUUAUACCGAAUUUAUUGUCUUAAAUAUAAAUGGGCCAAGUGUUACAUGAAGGAAACAUUGAUUAUAGGAAUGCGGAGUACACAACUAAGUGAAAGUAUAAAUGGUGACAUGAAAGAUUACUUAAGUUUAACUCUUGACCUUGUACCAUUUUUCAAGCACUUCGAAAGGGUUGUGGUUGACAAGCGUGCUAACGAGUUAAAGGCAGAGUUUGAUGCGAGAAAUAAGCUUCAAAGAAAUUUAUUCAUAAAGUCAUCUGUUAUGAAUCAAGUAGCAAGAGUUUACACUCCUAAAAUAUUUGAAAAACUUCAAAAACAGUAUGAAUGGAUUCCAUCAUGCUACAUUAAGAAAAUUAUUCAGAAUGCCACCUAUUAUGAAUAUGUAGUCUCAACAUUUGGAAAAGAAGAUGAAUGUACAGUGUCGUGCAACCUAAAGGAGUAUAUGAUUCGUUGUAGUUGUAGAAAAUUUGAGACAUUCAGCAUUCUUUGUCGGCAUGUUUUUAAAGUUCUAGAUGUCAAUGAUUUCAAAUAUGUUCCAAAUGCAUAUAUAUUGAGGAGAUGGACACAGACAACAAGAAAUACAGUUGUACAUGAUACUAAAGGAAAAGUUAUUGUGGAAGAUGUCCACUUGGGUUGUUCACAAAGGUAUAGGCAUAUCUGUCAUAUACUGGUUAGGAUUGCAGCAAUAGCAUCAAAUUCAUCGGAGGGUUAUGCUUAUGUGGACAAUGUUACUGAUGAGAUCUGUAAACAUCUGAAAAGUAUAAAUAUUAGCUUUGAUGGGCAAGAUGAUGAAAGGGUUCUAGUUAAAGAUAAUGUUGUCAACAAUGGAGUAACACUCAAAAAAAUAGAUGAUCCAAAAGAAGGUGGUAGAUGUAAGAAGAAUUGA